CCUGGCACCCCGAGCACGGGCAGCGGAGCCCGGGCCAGAGCCAUGCAGCCCCCUGCGAGUGCGAGCGGCGGCUCCGGGCGCCGCCGGUAGACGAGCGCAGCCCCGGGCCUCUGCGCGCAACUCGGGGCGCGUCGGGAUGCCGCCCGCCGCCCUCCUGCUGCUGCUCCUCUCGGGAGGCGCCCUGGCGCACCCGGACCGGACUGUCCUCCCAAAUCCUGCCUGUGAGUCGCCCCCAGCAGUCCUCUCAGAAGUACAGGGCACCCUCCAGAGGCCCGUGGGCCGAGACAGCCGGGGCUUCUCUGCCAACUGCACGUGGCUCAUCCUGGGCAGCAAGGAACAGACUGUGACCAUCAGGUUCCAGAAACUGCACCUGGCCUGUGGCUCAGAGCGCUUAGUCCUACGUUCUCCUCUGCAGCCAUUCAUUUCUCUCUGUGAAGCACCCGCCAGCCCCCUGCAGCUGCCUGGAGGCAAUGUCACCAUCACCUACACCUAUGUAGGGGGAAGGGCCCCCAUGGGCCAGGGCUUUCUGCUCUCCUACAGCCAAGAUUGGCUGAUGUGCUUGCAGGAAGAGUUCCAGUGCCUGAACCACCGCUGUGUGCCCAUCACACAGCGCUGCGAUGGGCAGGAUGCCUGUGGCGAUGGUUCUGACGAGGCGGGUUGCACUUCCGACCCCUUUGCAGACCUGACCCCUGCUCCUGGCCCCACACCCCACUGCAACCACACUUUGGAAGACUUCUAUGGGGUCUUCUCCUCCCCUGGGUUCUCACACCUGCCCUUAACCUCCCACCCGCAGUCCUGCCUCUGGCUUCUGGACCCUCACGAUGGCCGGCGGCUAUCAGUGCGCUUCACGGCCCUGGAUCUGGGCUAUGGAGAUGCAGUACACGUGUAUGAUGGCCCUGGUCCACCCGAAACUCCCCGGCUACUCCGCAGCCUCACCCACUUCAGCAAUGGCAAGGCUGUCACUGUGGAGACUCUGUCUGGCCAGGCCAUCGUGGCCUACCACACAGCUGCCUGGAGCAGUGGCCGGGGCUUCAAUGCCACCUACCAUGUGAGAGGCUACUGCUUGCCUUGGGACCGGCCCUGUGGCUUGGGCUCAGGCCUAGGAGCUAGUGAAGGCCUCGGAGAGCGCUGCUAUAGUGAGGCACAGCGCUGCGAUGGCUCCUGGGACUGUGCCGACGGCACAGAUGAGGAGAACUGCCCUGGCUGCCCUUCUGGACACUACCCAUGUGGGGCUGCCGGGUCCCCCACGGCCACAGCCACAGCCUGCUACCUGCCUGCUGACCGCUGCAACUACCAAACUUUUUGUGUCGACGGCGCUGACGAGAAGCGCUGCCGCCACUGCCAGCCUGGCAACUUCCAGUGUCGUGAUGAGAAGUGCGUCUAUGAGACAUGGGUGUGCGAUGGGCAGCCAGACUGUGCCGAUGGCAGUGACGAGUGGGACUGCUCCUACACUCUGCCACGCAAGGUCAUCACCGCGGCUGUUAUUGGCAGCCUGGUGUGCAGCCUGCUUCUGGUCAUUGCCCUGGGCUGCACCUGCAAACUCUAUGCCAUCCGCACCCAGGAAUACAGCAUCUUUGCCCCCCUCUCACGGAUGGAGGCCGAGAUGGUACAGCAGCAGGCUCCCCCCUCCUAUGGGCAGCUCAUCGCACAGGGUGCCAUCCCACCUGUGGAGGACUUCCCCACAGAGAACCCCAGUGACAACUCAGUGCUGGGCAACCUGCGUUCUCUGCUGCAGAUUCUGCGCCAGGACAUGACCCCAGGGAGUGGCCCUGGGGCCAGGCGCCGGCAGCGGGGCCGCUCUGUGCGCCGUCUGCUGCGCCGACUCCGCCGCUGGGGCCUGCUUCCUCGGGCCAGCACUUCAGCCCGCACUCCUGAGACCAGGCCCCAUGCCACCCCUUCCACUGCAAUGCAGGAGGCACCUGAUGGGAGUCCUAGCCCUGCCCUCGAAAGUGGGGCGGUAGGGGGGCAGGAUGGGGGACAGGCACCCCCUCUGCCUGCCAAGACUCCCCUCCCAUCGUCCACUGCAUCCACAGCCCUCCCAACAGCUGCUGAGGCCCCAGGGCCAGUGUCCCUGGAGCCGUCCCUGCUUUCUGGAGUGGUGCAGGCACUGCGUGGCCGCCUCCUGCCUGGCCUGCGUCCGGUGGUGCCAGCCCGGACCCCAGCUGGACCUCAGCCACCCAAUCUGCCCACAGAGGAUGAGGAUGAUGUGCUGCUGGUGCCACUGGCUGAGCCCAGUGUCUGGGUGGUAGAGGUGGAAGAUGAGCCCCUGCUUGCUUAAAGGGUGCUGGCUCUGGGGAUGGGCAGCCUCCAGUCUCCCUUUCCUGGCCCCCAGCUUCCCUGCUUCUCCUCAGAAGGGACUCGGUGGCCUUCCCACCGACCCCAUCACUGCUGUAAGUGGAGUAUCUCUCCAGCCUGGGAGGGCUUCCCUGUCCCAACAUGUGCCUGUGACCGCUUCCACAGUCAGCUUCCCAGGGAUCCAGAGUUCUUCAAAGUCAAAGGCCUGGAUACUCCACCUUGCCAAGUCCCCACCUAAAUGUGGCCUUAAACACCAGGACCUCAAAGGGCUGAAGACCUUCAACUUCCACUGGGUAGAUUUGGGCAAGCCCUGUGUUCUGGCCAAUUGGUCACUUCUACAGGGCUUGGCACAGAGAAGAGCACAACAAACACUGUCCUAUAGCAGGGUCAUUGCCCAGGUUGACAAUAAAGGAAUCCGACAUGUAA